GGUAACGUCAACAGGAAGCGCCCAGAGUUGUUUUUAAUGGAGACUGAAACUCAUGAAAAGGAGUAAACGAAACAAAACUCGAGGCUGAAGGCGAUAAAUGUCCACCGGGCAGACUAAGUUUGGAAACAGACAAUCUGCUCGACAGCUGGAACCGCCUGUUGAUCUUCAGUCCUCCUGACUGACAGCAGAAUGGACGACAUCAACUUACACUACAGAUUCCUGAACUGGCGAAGGAGAAUACGAGAGAUCAGGGAGGUGCGAGCGGUCCGUUAUCAGGAACGAUACAAACGCAUACUGGUGGACGGAGACACGCUGAGCUAUCAAGGGAACUCUGAUGAAGUUGGCUGUUACGUGGCACCCCGUUCCUUAUCGAAAGGAAACUGCUACUUUGAGGUGACAAUAGUGGACACAGGGGUGAGAGGGACCAUUGCUGUGGGGCUGGUGCCUCAGCAGUAUAAGCUAGACCAUCAGCCAGGCUGGCUUCCACACUCAAUAGCAUACCACGCGGAUGAUGGCAAGCUGUACAAUGGGAGCACUGUGGGUCAGCAGUUUGGUCCCAAGUGCAACACACGAGACCGGAUAGGGUGCGGGAUUUACCUGGAGUCGUUCGAGACCGGACUCACGACAGUCUUCUUCACCAAGAACGGGAAAGAGGUUGGUUCGGUGGCGGUCCCCCAAUCCCCCGAUGGUCUGUUCCCCGCGGUGGGGAUGCACUCGCUGGGGGAGGAGGUGCGGCUGGACCUGCACGCGGAGUGGGGGACGGACGAGGACGACAGCGCCAUGAUGGUGGACAGCCACGAGGAUGAGUGGGGACGGCUGCACGACGUCAAGGUGUCCGGCACGCUACUGGAAUACGUGGGCAAAGGGAAGAGUAUCCUGGACGUGGGACUGGCACUAGCGCGCCAUCCUCUCAGCACUAGGUGCCACUACUUCGAGGUGGAGAUCAUGGAUGCGGGAGAGAAGUGCUACAUUGCUCUGGGACUGGCCAGGAGGGAUUACCCAAAAAACCGACACCCCGGCUGGAGCAGAGGAUCAGUGGCCUACCACGCGGACGAUGGGAAGAUCUUCCACGGCAGCGGGGUGGGGGACCCCUUCGGGCCACGCUGCUUUGAAGGGGACAUCAUGGGCUGCGGGAUCAUGUUCCCCCGGGACUACAUCCUGGACAGCGAAGAAGACAGCGAUGACUGCCUGAACUCCAUGGAGGUGAAGCCGAAGCAGAGGCGAGUGCAGAACGUGCUGUACCUGAACGACGCGGACGCGGAGGAGGAGGAGGAAGAGGAGGAGGAGGAGGGAGAAGAGAUGGAGCAGCAGCACGAUGGCAAGAAAGUCAUGGUGUUUUUCACACGGAAUGGGAAGAUCAUUGGGAAGAGGGAGGCUGUGGUCCCGACCGGAGGGUUUUACCCCACCAUCGGGAUGAUGAGCAGCGGGGAAAAGGUUGGAGUGGACCUGCAUCCCUUGAGUGGCUAAGCUCGGAUCGGACUCCGUCACUCCCCUCUACAGCAACCCAGCCAGACUCGGACUCUCACUCACUCUCUCUCCCCUCUACAGCAACCCAGCCAGGCUCGGACUCUCACUCACUCACUCCCCUCUACAGCAACCCAGCCAGGCUCGGACUCUCACUCACUAACUCCCCUCUACAGCAACCCAGCCAGGCUCGGACUCUCACUCACUAACUCCCCUCUACAGCAACCCAGCCAGGCUCGGACUCUCACUCACUAACUCCCCUCUGCAGCAACCCAGCCAGGCUCUGUGAUAGGAAUGUAUUCAAUAUUUCAGGCUGGCUUCAAAGACCCCACUUAGCUCUAACCGAAUGCUGCCAUUGGGUUGUCCAAGAUUAUUGCUAACCAGUGAAACCAGCCAUUUCAAUAUGUCAUUCAGACAGACAGAGGCUGAAGAAUAAAAUCAUGGCCAGCCGCUGGGACAGACAUUGCUGGUCCCCUCCACUACCACCGAGCAAGGCUGUGGCAGCACUGAUGCCUAGCGGCUGACACGUUGCUGAUGCUGCUGUCCUUUCACUGAACUCCUCUGCAACAGGACUGAGAAAAAAUAACAGCGAUGGCCAACGCAGCUGAGAGAUUGACACUUUCCCCAGGACUAGCCUGGCCAAACUUUGACCCGUGACUGUGUAAAAGCAACAGGGUAAUCAGGCACCCACAUUUUUCUUACUCGGCGGGUGAGAUCUGAACACCUCAGUGCUUGAGCGGAGCGACGCGCACAAGACUGGGGAAGACGAAAUAAGAGCAGCAGAGUCUACAAACAACACAACAGCAUCUGAGACGAGGCUGUAAAACCACCGCCAGUCUGCAGAGCAAUCCAUGACCACACUGAGGCGUCGACCCCCUUCUCUCUCUCUCUCUCUCUCUCUCUCUCUCUCUCUCUCUCUCUCUCUGCGUUCAUGUCAAUGGAUGAGUGAUGGGGUUUUUCAGUUUUAUAGUUCAGUACUACUUGGUAGGUUUGGUGGAGGGACCUAGAAUAUGGGAUUUAAUCAUUUAACUAUGUGAAGGGUUUCCCAGCACAAGCAAUCAAGCCUUCUUCAAUAGUCUUCUAUAAAACCGACAUGCAGUUUUUAGUCGCCAAAUUCGGUGGCGUGCGGUAGGAACCAAUGCUUCAGAAUCUGUGUGCACUUGAAUCCCGUUUUAAAAAAAAAAUUCCAGCAAGAAACUGGUUUAUAGAAUCGAUUCCUCAAACGGGUAGCUUGUUUUAACAUUAGAUUUAAUUUGUAAAAACAAAAAUAGCCAGCAGUGUGCUGUACAGCUGUGCAGUUACCAGUUCCAAUGCAUUGUAGGUUUCAGCAUUUCAAAUAAUGCUGCCCUGUGCGAGUGAGUGUAGAAAUUCAAUUAAAACUGAUGAGACAAGGGAGGAGCCCUACCAAAAAUUGACAUAGAUAGUCACAGCGGAGAAUGUACAAAUGAAUGAGUUCUGGGGUGACUGUGUCAUUUUUCCAGUGUGCUCCCUAUAGCUAGAGUCCAAUCAAUAUUUAAAAUCUCACUCUACAUAAUUUUUUUAAUCUUGAAAAUAUAUUUUACAAAUAGUCUAAUAAAAUAUAGUGCUAAAGGUCAGAAUAGAAAAAAUUUAAAAAAAAAACACUGACAAAUAUAAAGCUGUAUGCAUAUACAUAUAUAAUGUUAUACUGUAGGAGGGCAGAAAUAAUCACUUGGCUACUUUGCACUGCUGCCUGUGAAAAAAAAAAACUAUGGGAAGCAGCUGCUUGCACUACCACUGUGGGUCACAGAGGGUGCUGUAGUGCAACAAACAGCAAUGCAUUGACCCAGUGGAGCACAACUGUGCCUUAGAUUCCAUUCCAGCCAGGACCUAAAUCACGUACCUGAAGAGUCAGUUAACUAAUGUAGGUCCUGCAUGGGACAGGAACCCUGACCGUAGUUGUGCACGGCUGCAUUGACGGAUUUAAUACGGGCGCCACCCUUUUACAAGCAAAAAAAAAAAAAAAGGGUCUCAAUUCAGAAUGGUUUGUUUUUCACAGCGGUUGUGUGAAGCGACAUUACAAAAACCCUCCUGUAUAUUUAAAAUAUAUAUUGUAGAAAUACCCUAACUUCCAGUCUGCACAAAAGAGGGCUGUAAAUACAGUAGAUUUAAACCGGCGUUGUUCAAACUAUCGGGCACAUUUUCUAUGAAAAAGGUUCGUUUAGUUCAGCUUUUGAAUUUCAUUUCAAAUGAUAACCAUGCUCAAUUCCAGCGUUUUCACAAAGCUGCAAGAUACUAUAAAAAAAUAAAAAAAACAACGCUGGAUCCUCACAUCUUCGGUUGAACGUCGAGUAGAAACACUGCAGUUUUUAGGAUUUUUAUUUUAUUUAAACCGUUUUUAAACGUUCAAACACCUUCCAGUCCACAUACAGUAGAUGUUUACAAUGAGGAGAUGUAUUCAGCUUGCUUUCCACACCGCGGCACUUUCAAUCCAUCGUGCCUGGCUGUGGGUCAUAUGCAAAGUUUACCUUCUGAUGGAGAGAAUGAGGGGGAGGGUUUUGUAAGCAUGGUCAGACAUGCAAAUCUCUACAAACGCCUGUGUAGAUUCCUACCUGUGUGUGUGUGUGUGUUAAAGGUAGGAGUCGCAGGCUCGUGAUGCUACAACUAUUAGAAAUUUAAUUUAAUGAUGACGCUGUGGCUGCUAAAACGCAUCUGAGAUGUUUUGGGAGGGCGGUGGGGCAGUACUGUAAUCAAUUCAACACUUGAAACUCGUCUAAAGUCUGGCAAACUUCCAUCCCCUGCUCUCCUCUCCUCCACGUGGCUGCUCACGGUUCAAACGGUUUACACUUAUAUUUUUAUAUAUAUCAUUUUUUGUUUUGUUUCAUGUACAGUAUUGCAAGGUUUGUGUCUGGUUUUAAAGACCCCCUCCAAACCAGCUGUACCUUUAAUAGGCAAGUCCAAGAUUACCACGAAGCAAGGAGAGAGAUGCCUGCAUUAGGAAGAUAAAUAUCUUCCUCUGAAUGCCAGUGAUGAGCAGGUGUGUGUAAAACUUAGAGCUGCAACAAAGAGAUUUUUCAUGUUUUGAAUAUUCUUUCAGUCCUGGCUCAUCCAGUCCAGGUUAUCUUCGUGCCGUCUGAAAUCACGUUGGAACCUCACCGCAAUCCUAGGUCCCAGUCUGAGGUCGUGUAGAAAUAUAUGUGAGAAAUAUACUUGUCCUGUUUUUAUUGAAUAAAGGGGUUCUUUUUUAAUUGUAUAACUUUGACACGACAAAAAUAAUUCAGGACUGAAAGGGUUAUUAAACUGAUUUGAAUAUCCUUUUAUUUCGAUUGAGCUGGAAAACAAAUUUGCACCAUUUUACAGUAAGAAAAAAUAAUCUCACUUAUUAAAGAAAGGAUCGGUGAACACUCAUCUCUACAGUAGAAUGCAGACCUCAUUAAUGCAUCAGUUUCCUUUGCAGGAUAUCUUUUUUGAUGUAGAAUUUAUAAAUAAUAUGUUGCAGUAGAGGCUUGUUCCCUUUUCAAGUACGAAAUGUAACCAUUACCGUAUGGGUAUUUACUUCAUAAAGAUCCCCAAACCUGAAAUAUACCAAAGCUGGUUUUUUCUUAUUGACCCCAAGCAACAGAUAUUCGGUCCCAUCCAGCCCUCUUUAUGAAAUAAAUAAUCGGAAUGUUUUGCACACUUCUGGAAAUCAGCGGCUAAAGUUGAACACGUAGGAUGAAAAUAUUUCACUCCUGCUUCGUUUUUCAAUGUUUUGUUUUAAGCUUUACAUUUUACAGGGCAAAUGUACCAAGAAAAAAAUAAUGAUUUGAAAUCGUUUGCUAGUAGUCAUAGGUCUGACCCCCACUGUGGGUAACAGAAAUUGAGAUGAGAACAGAAAAGAUUAAUAGAUCUGUGGGUUUAUUCAUGUUUUGUUUAUACAAUAACCUGGAUGUGCAGCUGUGGCCAAAAGUUGAGCAUCACUCUCUAGAAUGAACUCAUUUUGCUGUGAAAAUUUUUGAAUGAAACCUGCUGAAUAAUGUUACGUUAACAUAUUGAAUUGCACACCGCUUUGUAGUUUUCCACAUACUUCAUGAAAUACUGUACUACUAUGCUGACUUCCGGUAGGCUUUUGCGAUAUCAUUUUGUAGUUUCUUCAAUUACAUGAUAAUUAAAAUGUAUAAAUAAUGUUCUAGAGGAAGAGUUUUUUUUUUUUGUUUUGUUUUGUUUUUUUAAAUGGCUCAAUCCUAAAAUUCUAGGUGAAGCAAAGUUUUUGGCCAGAGCUGCAUGUCAAUUUUGAUCUGAUUUUGAAAUACAAAGACCAACUUUGUUUUCCCCCAAAAAGAACCUUUCUUUAGUUUGUGUGGAGUGAGUUAAAAGGUGUGGUCCCAGCUAAAAGCUUUCUUCUCUUAAAUAAAAAAAAAAUCAAAGAGGCAGAGAGCAAGUUGAUCGAAUGAGUCUGCAUCUGUCAUCCUGCAUAAGAUUCUGGAACCCCCCCCCCCCCCCCCCACCCCCACCCCCACCCCCACCCAAACAAAAACCCACCAGUCCCAGCUCUCUUGUAUUUAUGAAAUUGCAAUAGGCACUGUCCUAUUUAAAAGUGUAUGUACAUAACCAAGAUGUUUAUACAUGUUAAUAAAAGAUGGCUAUUUACACCUUAAUCUCCUCUUUGACGCCUCUCUGUGGUCAGUGCCGCUACAGUCCAGCAAGGAGCAUCUAGAGCAGGCACUUCCACUCCUGGUCUUUGGUUCAAUUAAACAAUUUAGAACAGGGUUGGAACAGUUACACCUCCAUCCAGACCCUGACGUAGUUAAUGAUAUCAUUUUACCUGUUAAACCGCAAGCAGAAUAGCCCUCCGGCACUGUGAUUGAACACCCCCCUGCCCUCGAGUGAUCCCUGGGCUUAAAAGACAGAGCUACAAAGACAGCCUCAAAGCGCAGAAUCUGUUGAUCCUAGAAGAAUGAUGGAUGAGGGACAUGUUUGAAGUCUUGAAAAUCUCAAAAGGGGUUGAUAAAAGUGAACCCUACCCAAGACUUUACAAAAGACUGAUACAGAAACCAGGAUCAGGGGGACACAGAGUUGGAAAUGAAGUGGCGCUAGCCUUAGGACAAGGGAGGGAGGCUUCUUCACACAGAGUGGCGCAUGCAGUGAAUGGGCUACCUGGUCCUGUUCAGGCAGAAACAGUGAUCAUUUUACACUUCUGUCAUGUUCAUGACAUAUUGACCCGCUGCAAUUUCAAAACGCAUUGAAAACUGCCUUGAAUUGAUCAAACGUUUUCUCUUUGCAUACGUUUCUCUUCUCUCCAUUCCCCCUUCCCCCCUCCCCUUUUUUUAAAUUAGAAAACGAAUCCACACAGUUUUGAAUAAAAACAAAUUUAUUAAAAUGCUAAAGCAGUAAGAAAAGGCAGACAUUAUAUACCUCUAUUAAAAAAGAAAAAGAAAGAAAGAAAGAAAGAAAAAGUCAGUCUUAGCCAGGUGUCCAAUACUACUCUGGACAGACAGAUUCUCCGAAAAACACAAACAGGUCUGUUCAAGACCCCUAGAAGGUGGGGACAGGUGGUUUAUAUUAGGGCAGCUGUGCUGAUGAGGAAUAUUCUGCAGCUGCCUCUGAACCAGCUCUGGUGCAGGCAUGAGGAGAGAAGUCAAGACAGUCAGGCCUGUGCGUUUGGAGCGGUUUGUACAAGAAGGAGACCUAGAACACACACAGCCAGGGAUGAGAUCGAUUCAGAUUUAAAAUCAAAUUUCCAAUUCCAUCAAAAAAAAAAAAAAAAAAACACAA